UAAAUAUAAAUAUUUUCCGAACAUAACAUCCGAUACACAUUUCAUACAUUUCAUCGUAAUAAGCUCGCUCUCUCUGAGCAAAGUUUUAUGUUCGUUUAAAAUUCCCCUACUCUCGACUAUUUACGAUUGUAUUGCCCAUCAGCACAUGGUAGAUCGAAGCAUAUAAAAAUCGUACGUACAGUUCACACAGCUCAUUUAAAAUCUGUUGUUUAACGUAAAAAGACGAAGAAAAUAAACGUUAAAAGCGUUUUCUUAAUAAAAUUUGUUCAAAGUUUUUUUUGUGUUUGCAAAAGCAAAUUUUGUGUUCAAAAAUAAAAAUUUUUGAUUGUGAAUCCAAACAACGUUAAAACAAUCUCAAGACGAGUGACAAGAUGUUGAUCAUUUUGAAAAUGUGCAUCGCCGUAUUCAUGGCGCUUUUGGUAGCUGCUUCUGUCGAAUCGGCCGCAACGGGAAUCACUCCUGGCCCGGUUACACAGGAACCGGUUACGCGGGAAAUUGAUGGUCAGAGCGUCGCUCAGACCCAUUCAUUACCACCAGCCCCAACACGCUUAACAACAACCGCAAAGCCCGUAAAAAUUUGCGAUGUCACUUACUCUUGUGGUUGGGGAAUCUAUACGCAAACCCCAUUCAAACGUGAAUUGAACUAUUUCAUGAAAAAUUCAUGCGAAUGUCCUGAAGGUGAACACUGUGUUCGCGUUGAUGAUGAUACAGCGCUCAGUGCAUACAUUUACAAAUGUCGCGUUAAGCGAACAACACCAGCACCACCGACAGAGGAAGAUGAGUAAAACCGCGCCAUUAUCUCGACUGAAUUUUAAUUUAUGAUUUAACUAGAUAGAACAGAAGAACGGGAUGAAUCCUUUUUUUUGAAUAAUUUUUUUUUCUCCUUAGAUCUAAGUUAGUUGUAACCGCCAGAGAUAGUACUUUUCGGUUUUACGUGUGUGUGUACUUUUCUCGGAAAAAAUCAAACUUUUUUUCUAAUUGUUUCUGACUGUUAUACGUGAACUUUAUAACGUUCGGCAAAUAAUGUUGCUCGUUCAAGAGUCUAUAAAUAUUGAAAUAUUACAAUUUCAUUGUAAAUUUCUGUUUUUUUUUGCAAAUUACUUAUAGUGAUGAUUUCGAAUUUUUUGUUGUACUUUAUGUGUAACUAAAAAUAAGAAUAUUUUCAUUAACGUUGACGUUAUCAAAAGAAAUUACAAGACAGCAAAAUAAAACCUAAAAAAAAA